AUGAUCCGCUUGGCGUAGUCGUCUCCAUUGAUAAAUCGGGAAUGCUCGAACUGUGGAACGCAGAAACUUUACAAUUCCCAAAAAAUUUAAAAUUCGAAUAUAAGUCUGAAACGGAUUUGUACGAAUUCGCUAAAAACAAAACGUUACCGACCUCAAUAGACUUUUCUCCGGACGGCCAAUUAAUGGUCAUGAUGUCCAAGGAUCUUAAAAUUAGAAUUUUUAAUGUUUUAAGUGGAAAAUUGUUCAAAAUUUUUGAUGAGUCGCUUUCAACUUUUACGGAAUUGCAAGCUAAAAGCCCGCAAAUGGACAACAUUGAGUUCGGAAGAAGACUUGCUGUGGACCGAGAAAUCAUUAAAAAUGAUGCGCUAAAGUACACUAAUGCAGUUUUUGAUGAAAGCGGGAAUUUUAUACUUUACGCGACGAUGCUCGGCAUAAAAGUAGUCAAUAUUCGCACCAAUAAGUGCUCGAAAGUUAUUGGUAAAUCCGAAAGUUCAGCAAGAUUUCUAAACUUGGCAUUAUACCAAGGAAGACCCAAUGAACACAAAAUACAACUUUCUAUAGACGUGAGGACUUCGGAAAACCCCACCAUCACUAAAAAUCUUGCAGAGGACCCCACGCUAUUCUGCACGGCAUACGGAAAAGAGCGCUUCUAUUUGUUCACGCGGAGAAGCCACGAGGACGGCUCGAGCGAAUUGCACCGCGAUGUUUUCAACGAGCUGCCUUCCCGCGAAGAACGACUGGCUGCUACUGAAGCCAUUCAGGAAAAACUUCCAAGUUCUAUAGUUUUGCACACCACGUUGGGAGAUAUUUUCAUAAAUUUAUUUGUUGAAGAAUGUCCUAAGACAGUUGAAAAUUUUGCCGGCCUUUGCAAAAAGGGCUAUUAUGAUUCGCUGAUUUUUCACCGUGUGGAACAGGGAUUUAUGAUUCAAACGGGCGACCCUGAAGGCGACGGAACUGGCGGCGAAAGCCUAUGGGGGGGCACCUUUGAAGACGAGUUUCACCGAAAUCUUCGCCAUGACAGGCCGUUCACCGUUUCGAUGGCGAACGCUGGCCCCGACACAAACGCCUCGCAAUUUUUUAUUACCGUUGCUCCAACGCCCUGGCUGGAUAAUAAGCACACCGUCUUUGGGAGAGUUAGUAAGGGGAUGGACGUUGUUCAGACUAUCAGUAUGACAAAAGUUCAUCCCAAAUCGAAAAAGCCUUACGAGGAUAUAAAGAUUAUCAACUGCUCUAUACUGCAAUAGAAUAUUUUUAAAAGCAUAGCUGGUUAAUUUGAUGCAAAAAACUAAAGUUGUAAUAAA